AUGGCUGCCGCUGCAACAACGAAGAAGAGAACCCAAAGGAAGAAGAAGGAUCCCAAUGCUCCAAAGAGGGCGAUGUCGGCGUACAUGUUCUUUGCCAAUGAGAACAGGGAUAUUGUUCGUGCAGAGAACCCUGGCAUUUCGUUUGGACAGGUUGGACGUGCCCUAGGCGAGAAGUGGAAGGCUUUGUCUGAGGACGAGAAACAGCCCUAUGAAGCUAAAGCGGAAGCUGACAAGAAGAGGUAUGAAUCGGAGAAAGAAUUGUAUAAUGCUACAAAGGCUGCCUAA